AUGGCUAAUUUUCGAAAGAAGUUCAAAGGCGAGGUACUGAAAUACAUGUGGCCAUGUGCAUGGGCAUGCACAACUCGCAGACACGAUGCAUUGAUGGCGAAAAUUGCAGCUGAUUGUCCGAAAGCAAUUCCCUUCUUAGAUAUGCAUCACAAGCAUAUAUGGAGCAGAUCUAAAUUCUCCAAAGAGUGCAAAGUUGAUUAUGUAAACAACAAUAUAUCAGAAUGUUUCAACAAUUGGAUCAAGGAUUACAAAGACCUUCCGGUUGAUUUUCUCAUGGACAAAAUUAGGGAGAUGAUCCAGGAGAAGAUGUACACAAGGAAAGAGAUAGCCAAAAGACUUGAAGGCACCAUCCUCCCAAGUGUGUUACAUGAGUUGAACAUGAAGAGUCGAGCGCUGCACUAUGAUAUCCAGAAAAGUGGCCCCAUCUCAGCUGAAAUAUCAGGAACAACAAAAGAAGGGAAGACAUGGAGGUAUGCGGUCGACCUUGAGAAAAGAGAAUGUGGUUGUGGACAAUGGGAGGUGUCCGGAAAACCAUGCCCUCAUGCUCUAUACUUGCUUGGCAAAGUUAGACUACUAAAGACCGAGGACUUCGUGCAUGAAUACUAUUCGGUGGAGAGAUUCAAGAUGGCUUAUCAAUUUGACAUCGCUCCAAUGAAUGGCAGGUCUGAAUGGCCUAAUGUUGAUGUUGGUUUUGAAAUGAUUCCUCCACCUCUACAAAGGGCUGCUGGCAGGCCAAGGAAACAAAGAAUCAAGGCUAAUGGAGAGCCAGGAAAAAGAGGACCAUAUCAAUGCAAAAGGUGCUAUCAGUUUGGACAUAUAGAGAAGGGUUGUAAUGCUACUCAAGCUGAACUAGAACAAGAGCUUCCUCCUCCUCGUCCAAAGAAAGGAAAAAAAUCAAGGAAAACCAAAUCAGAAGAUGGUGACGCCUGUACAACAGGUGUUGAACCCUCUUUGAUGCCGCAUUCGAGCCCAAGUGUAACAACUCGAAGGAGUGCUGCUCUUUCUCCAACUAGCCAAGGUGUAACAAUUGGAAGAAUGACGUCUCUUUCUCCAACUAGCCCAGGUGUAACAACUAGAAGUAUGGCUGCAAUUUCACCAGGGGGAAUCAACCGUAGGCUCAUAAUUGAGUAGAUGAUUUCCUUUUGAGAUGAUUGAGUAGAUGAAUUAGAUAUCUAAGUACUUUGCCGUGAACUGUGGUCUUUUGUGUGAACAGUCCGUAGAAGUAUGGCUGUUGAAACUUGUGCUCUGUCGUUUCAAACUUGUUGAGAUGGUUGUUAUAUCCUAC